AUGGCUGAUGCUCAUGAGAGAGUUGCAGAUGCUAGCCAGAAAGAUCAUUUGGCUUUACAAAACUCUGAUUCACCAGGAAUGGUUCUAGUAAGUUCCCCUUUGACCGGUGACAACUACUUUAUCUGGAGUAGGUCAAUGAUGAUAGCUCUUCGAGCCAAGGACAAACUGAGUUUUAUCACAGGAAAACAUGAUAAGUCGGAAGAGAGUUCUCCUUAUUACGAGAAGUGGAUCAAAGCAGACAGCAUGGUAAUCUCCUUUCUUAAUUCUAUUUCAAAAGAAAUUGUAGAAGCCUUCAUUUACACCACAUCUGCUGGAGAAUUAUGGGAAGAUCUCUCACAAAGGUUUGGGGGUAGUAAUGGUCCUCAAAUCUAUCAGAUCAAACGAGAAAUAGAAUCUUUUCAGCAAGGAAAUCAAUCAGUUAUGGUUUAUUUCACCAAAUUAAAAAAAACUAUGGGAUGA